GUUCAGGCGAGGAGGUGCCAAUUUUAACGUCUGCACUUCCGCUGCACACCUUUUAUAAACACCACACUUACUAUAAAAGUUAAAUGAGAACAGAAGUUGCAGAAAUAGAUUGUAGUUAAUUAAUCUUUGUGAAUGGAUGUAUGGAAAUCAGUGUUGUUUACGCACGUGUAACCCUAAUCGCCCCAUGUGAUUGAUGCACGAACGGGAAUGACCCAGAUUUCUGACAACAACAGUUUAAUUGCUCACCUUCACUCGCACAUCGAGAUUAUGGGAUUAAUUAACAGAGGCACUGGGAAUGAGUAUUGGAUUAACGUUUCAACGUUGUGUAUGAUUAACCUGGAAUAAUUACAUUUUAGUAAUGUACUGGCAACUUUUCACAUCCACAGUGUUAUUUUUAGAAUUAUCAUUUGCUUAAAAAUGGUGCAUCUAUCUUUGAAAUAAACAAUUGUUUAUAUUACAAAUGUCAGUUCAUAUCCGCUGUAUUCAAGUAUUUUAGAGGAUUUAACCUCUUCACAAAAAGGAGUAUUACAUCAUUUCAUGUUUUAGUAAACAGGAUUGUUAAAAAUGAAUAAAAUGGAGUAAAUGAUCAAAAGAACAUGUAAAUAUAAUGCAGAAAUCAAGAUCAGGUAUAUCAAUCGGUAUGACCAACACACGACCUAAACCUCCAUGUUGGUUAGAUCUGAAAGUUCAAACGUCAUCAGAUGAAGGAGGAUCGAAAAAUUCCCCUGUUGGACCCCAGCCAAGUUCAUAUGUACGUUCAAGUCGUCCAACGAAAAGAACGCGAGCGCGAAUACACAGAACAAGAAGUGAAUAUUGUAUUCAGACCGAGGAUCUGCCAGACUGUGAUAUGACAUUGAGUUUAGCAGACACUGAUCCACAGGAUAUAGGCUUGAGGACCCAGGACGGUAUAGACGAAACGACGAAAAAAUGUCAAACAUGGUUAGAAAGUAUAGAAGUAUGUGGUCCUCCGGAAGGGACAGACACUUCCGCUUUAGACAUUGACACGGUUGAAUUGGAGGUACCAGACGAUACGUUAUGGUACGAUGAUCCUAGAAGACAUCCAUCGCCAAAGCCACAUCCGUCUCGUUCACGUAGAGACAAACAUAAACUUUCGCCAAGUUCCGAUUCCAGAUUAUCAAUUCCAGGACAUUUAUUUGAUUUCGGUGGGAGGCAACUACUUGCUGAGCAGCAGAUGAAGUGAUUAAUGACUGAAUUGUGUCUUAAAUGUGAUAAAUGUGUGCAUAUAAUAUAUUUAUCUUUAUAUAUUUGUGAAAAGCGGGUAUGUAAAUGUGAAUGAUUUAUGAAGUCGUAACUCAAAGUUAAUAAAUUGCUAAUUUUUUA